UUCCGCCGCAUUAGUCGGACCAACUUCGAUGUGAAGAUGUCUGGGGAUAACGUGGAUGCCAAAGUUGCACCAAACAGCAAAAAUAUUUCACUGCCAGUGUCCCGAGUGAAGCUGAUAAUGAAAAGUUCUCCAGAUGUUUCAAAUAUUAACCAGGACGCCCUCUUUUUAACUACAAAAGCAACGGAGCUCUUUGUACAGCAUCUAGCACGGUCUUCAUUUAAAAAUGGGUCUGGUAAAAAGAACACACUGUCAUACAGUGACCUCGCCAAUGCUGCAGAGGCGAUGGAGAACUUUCAGUUUCUAACCGAUAUCCUUCCUAAGAAGAUAUUGGCAAGGGAUUACCUGAAGACGCUGGAAGACAGGCAGGAGGAAGAUGAAAUCUAAUGAAAAUCUGCUGAGAUUUCAGACAUGGGUCUGUUACCAACCACUCACUCAGUGGUCUCAGACGGCUGAGUUCCCCAACCUUUUAACAGCCAAAUCAGCAACCACAAAAUCGGUGUGCACUGGUGGUACAGAUGUUCUGGGUUUUUUUUUUUUCAACCAAUCAAGGCAGGGUUAAUAUAACUGGAUACGUUUACCUUAACCUUACUGUGUUAGAGGAUUUUUUUUUUGUUUGAUUUUUGCCUCCGUACUGCAAAUUACAGAUGUCACAGUGAACUCUUAAGAGGCACAAAUGCGAAGGCCAAUUCACAGAUAACUAUGUGAUUAAUUUGGCUUCCAGUAAUUGUGCUUGAUCGUUCACGUAGACACGUAUUCAGGGAUGCAUUCGUGUUUGGAGAGAGUUUUAUACAUACUCAAACUCAACCAGGUCAUUCACAGAUAUUGCACUGUUUAAGGAUUUUAAAUUCUCAGGUUAAAUGGUGCUAUACAUUGGUGCUUCCAGAGGCUUUCGUUGACAGUCUGAUCAUCAAAUCAAUCAAAAAAAAGGGGUACCACGUAUUUAUGGUCAUUCUGGAAAACCAGUGGCAUUGAUUGCUUAAAAAAAAAAAAAGCAGUCCUGCAUAUUAAAUACUACUGCAUUUGUGACCAAUACCUGAACUAAAUACAACUCAGGAUAUUUCAGUUCUUUCUCUCUUUAUCAGAGGGCAUUAUGACAAUUGUUUUUAAGUUGAUUUUUUUGAUAGCUCCGAGUCUCAUAUUUCUGCAGAGGGCAAAUAAGUAAGAAUUGUGCACAUAAUCUUAUAGACGAAGGGUAGGGGGGUUUUGUAUUUAUUUGUGCUAUAAAACAUUCGUAUACCCUUUCAGUGUCUGUCUUUCUCUAACAAAUCAGCGGGAUAUUUUGUAAUACUCCUACAAUAGAGGUGAUGCUUAGGGAGGAUACUUAGCUUGUUUCACUGGUAUCAAUGUCUGAAUUCUUUCUUUUGCAGGAAACGGAAAGUGCACUGGUUAAGAUUUGUGUAGCUGUUAACACGUAGCUUAGUGUUCAUAUAUGAUGUUUGUAUCAGGGUUCAGUCUAUACCAUGUAUGGAAAUAAACGUGCUUGUGCAUAGUGUGAA